UUCUCCUCCUCAUGAAGCAGCUCGGCUGAAACUCUGAGUGGAUUUAGUUUUUUAUUUUAGUCAUGAAGUUUCCUGGAGUGUUUCUGCUGCUGCUGCUGCGCCGCUGCUGCUGCACGAGCCCCGGCACGAGUCCCGGCAGGAGAGUGUGUCAGGGGACCAGUAACCACCUGACGUUGUUGGGAACCAGGGAGAACCAUUAUGAGAACAUGGUGAGGAUGUACUCCAACUGCUCCGUGGUUCUGGAGAACCUGGAGGUGACGUACAGCCUGCUGAACCACGACCUCAGCUUCCUGCAGUCCAUACAGGAGGUGGGGGGGUACGUGCUGGUGGCCAUGAACGAGGCGCCCGUGGUGCCUUUAGGGAACCUGCGUCUGAUCCGCGGCCGCCCUCCUCUGUACGAGGAGCGCUACGCUCUGCUCGUCAUGUCCAACUACAACCGGAACCUGACGUCUGCCACACUGAACUACAGCAGCGGGGUGACACAGCUGCAGCUCAGCAGCCUCUCCGAAAUCCUGAGAGGGGGGGUGAAGAUGACCCACAAUCCUUUGCUGUGCAACAUGGAGACGAUCCAGUGGGAGGACAUCCUGAACCAGGAGGGCAACCCCAGCAUGCUGUUCAAGAACAACAGCUUCCCUCGCUCAUGUGAGAAAUGCGACCAGGUGUGUAACGGCUCGUGUUGGGCAGCAGGACCGGAUCACUGCCAGAGACUGACAAAGCUGCAGUGUGCGGAUCAGUGCAGCAGACGGUGCCGAGGACCAAAACCCUCCGACUGCUGCAACCAGCACUGUGCUGCAGGCUGCACCGGACCCACCAACAAACACUGCCUGGCCUGCACACAUUUCAACGAUGACGGUACCUGUAAAGACGUCUGUCCCCCCUUGAAACUCUACAACCCCAAGACCCACACACUGGUCAGCAACCCCAACGCCAAGUUCACCUACGGAGCCACCUGCGUGAAAGCCUGCCCACAUAACUACGUGGUGACGGAGGGCUCCUGCGUCCGGACCUGCGGCCCCGGGAUGUUCGAGGUGGAGAAAGACGGGGUGCAGCGCUGCAAGGUCUGCGAAGGACCCUGUUCCAAAGCCUGUGAUGGUAUCGGGGCCGGUGCUCUGAUUAACACGAUGGCAGUGAACGCCUCCAACAUCGAGUCGUUCAGGAACUGCACCAAGAUCAAUGGAGACGUGUCCUUCCUCGAGACGUCCUUCACCGGGGACGCCCACUACAAGAUCCCGCCCAUGGACCCGGACAAACUGGAGUACUUCAGGACGGUGAAGGAGAUCACAGGCAUCCUUCUGAUCCAGUCCUGGCCGGAGAACCACAGCUCUCUGUCGGUGUUUGAGAACCUGGAGAGGAUCAGAGGGCGGACCCAGCGGACGAAGUACAGCGUUGCCGUGGUGAAGGCGAAGCACCUCCGGUGGCUGGGCCUGCACUCCCUGAAGGAGGUGAGCGCGGGUCAGGUUGUGCUGAAGGAGAACCCCCAGCUGUGCUACACCCAGCCCGACCAGUGGACCCGGCUGUUCCGAUUGGAGCAGCAGAGAGUCAGCAUGCUCAACAACGCCCCCCCCAGCCUCUGUGAGCAACAGAACCGGACCUGUGACCCGGAGUGCACUGAGGAGGGCUGCUGGGGGCCGGGGCCCGACAUGUGUGUGUCCUGCCGACACUUCAGCCGUAGGGGGGGCUGUGUGAGGAGCUGCAACCUGCUGCAAGGGACCCCCAGAGAGGUGCAGGUGGGCUACAGGUGUGAGCAGUGUCACACUGAGUGUCAGGUCCGGAGCAGGGGGCCCUCCUGCAGCGGCACGGGUCCGGAGCAGUGCUUCCAGUGCUCCCACUUUCAGGACGGCCCCCACUGUGUGCAGCGCUGCCCCAGUGGGGUGCUGGGAGACGGGGACACGCUGAUCUGGACCUUCCCCGACAGCAGAGGACGCUGCCAGCCCUGCAGCCCGGACUGCACCCAGGGGUGUACUGGUCCCUGGCUGCUCAGCUGCAACGGGUUCCCCACCAAGUCCACGCUGGCGGUGGGCGUGGUGGGCGGUCUCCUGGUCGUCGUCAUCGUGUCGUUGGUCGUCUUUGUGGUUCUGCGGCGACGACAAAUCAGGAGGAAAAGGACGACGCGGCGCCUGCUGCAGGAGAGAGAGCUGGUGGAGCCGCUGACUCCCAGCGGGGUAGCUCCCAACCAGGCGCUGCUCCGGAUCCUGAAGGAGAUGGAGUUCAAGAAGAUCCGGGUGCUGGGGUCCGGGGCCUUCGGAACUGUCUUCAAGGGUCUGUGGAUCCCUGAAGGAGAGGACGUCAGGAUCCCCGUGGCCAUCAAGGUCCUGAGAGAGGCCACAUCCCCCAAAGCCAACAAAGACAUCCUGGACGAGGCGUAUGUGAUGGCGAGUGUGGAGCACCCCCACGUGUCCCGUCUCCUGGGGAUCUGUCUCACCUCGUCGGUGCAGCUGGUGACUCAGCUGAUGCCGUUCGGCUGCCUGCUGGACUACGUGCGUCUGCACCGGGAGCAGGUGGGGGGGCAGUGGCUGCUCAACUGGUGCGUGCAGAUCGCCAAGGGGAUGAACUACCUGGAGGAGCGGCACCUGGUGCACAGGGACCUGGCGGCGAGGAACGUCCUGGUGAAGAACCCGAACCACGUGAAGAUCACCGACUUCGGCCUGGCCAAGCUGCUGACGGCCGACGAGAAGGAGUACCAUGCUGACGGGGGCAAGGUCCCUAUAAAGUGGAUGGCACUGGAGUCCAUCCUGCAGUGGAAGUACACGCAUCAGAGCGACGUCUGGAGCUACGGUGUGACAGUGUGGGAGCUGAUGACGUUCGGCUCCAAGCCGUACGACGGGAUCCCGGCCAGUGAGAUCUCCUCGGUGCUGGAGAGGGGGGAGCGGCUCCCCCACCCCCCCAUCUGCACCAUCGACGUCUACAUGAUCAUGGUCAAAUGCUGGAUGAUCGACCCCUGCAGUCGCCCCCGCUUCAGAGAGCUCAUCGUGGAGUUCUCCAAGAUGGCCCGAGACCCCCCCAGAUACCUGGUGGUGCAGGGCGAGCUGCCCAGCCCCACAGACCGCCGCUUCUUCUCCCGGCUGUUGAGCUCCGACGACAUGGACGACGUGGUGGACGCUGAGGAGUACCUGCUGCCGUCCAAAGGGCUGAACAACAAAAAGCACCCGGCCUGCAGCGCCACGCAGGGGGGCUGCCCUGUGAGGGAGAACAGCAUCACCCUGCGGUACAUCACUGACCCGACCCACAGCGCUCUGGAGAGGGACGACUUCCCCGGACACGAAUACAUGAACCAGAGUCUGAGUGACACCAGCAGCCGGCAGUCGGAGGUUCUGAACCCGAACUAUGAGGACCUGAGUCGGGGCUGGGGGGCCUCGCUUCUCUCCCCCCCACCGGUGGAACUGAAGCCCUUCUCCCCGCUCCCCGAGGGACCGGAGUACCUGAACACCGCCCGGAGCUCUCUGCCUCUGACGGCCAGCGAUUGCCUGGACAAUCCCGACUACCAGGCUGACUUCCUGCCGCCCAGCGCCGCCGAGAACCUGGAGUACCUGGGGCUGGGGGCUUCGCUCAACCAGGCCCUUGUGCGCUGAGGGUCAGCAGCGCUUCAGACCGGGAUGAGUUGCCCGCUCUGAUUCAGCUGACCGUAUUUAAUCUAUCUGUUUCCCCCUGCUCACUGACUGGACGUUUCUGGACGCCAUGAAGACUCUUCCGCGUCACCGGGAGGUUUUACUGGGUCUGUACUGGUCUCUCUGGGAGCUGCAGGAGGAGAGGACAGAAUAUAAGAGACACAUUAAAUGAAUCCCUUUGUCCUUUCUAAGCAUCUGUCCAAUUACAAUAAGAUGUCUUCUUAUAAUUAGCAUUAGGGGUUAUGAGGAACCAAUGAGCUGAUUGUCCCUGUAGUCAGGCAGAGCAGUGCCGCCCCCUGCUGGUGGAGAGCAGGCACUGCAGCAGCAGAUAUCAGGAUUUAAACUGAACAGAUGAGUUUUAAUGAUCUGUUUCCACAGGAUGAUUGAAAGUGGAAACAAGUUUGCAUACCGUUUAAUAAAUAGGAGGGAUUUAGUAAAGUCUGGUUGUUUGACACCAAAUUAUUACAUUUUUGUGUAAAAGAACCGAAUUGUGUUAAAUAUGGAAGAGGACAGGGUUUUUAGUUGUGACAAAAAGGGAUUUCUUUUAUUUUUUCUGAGAAAAAAGCGAUAAUUCUGAGAGAAAAAAUUGAGAAUUAUUAGAAAAAAGUCAACAGUAUAAGCAAAAAAAUCUAAUUUCAGACAAAAUGAAAAAAAAGUCUAACUUCUCAGAAAAAAAUGCAGAAUUCUGAGAAUUUUCACCAAAAAGUCAGGAAUAAAUGCUUCUCAGAUUCCUGUUAUGACUCUGAAUACUUAAAAAUAAAUCACUUUUGGUCAGAUCUAAAUAAAAAAAGGCACAUGUUUCCCUAAUCCUCUUCCGUAGUUCCCUCCUCAAACUGUUAUUUUAGUCAAUGAAAAGCUGUCAAUUUCCCUCAAAACUUCUGAAUUUAGUCUCAGAGACUCCUGUGUUUCUGUCCUGUUAUUUACGUUGGCCCUCUCAGAUCCGUCCUCUCGUCUCCUGGAGCCUCAGAGUGGACAGCUGUGUGCACAGAGGGACAGACGCUCUCUGGGAUGUCAAUGUCACGGUCCGGACGGUGAGACGUUCCCACAGCAGGUUCCAGUUGAUCCCUCCCUCUGUAAGACUUGAAACACCUGGAGUUAAGCUUUGUUUUUGUUUACUGACUUUGAACUAGAGUAGAACGUUUUGUAUCCUCCCUUUACUUGAUGAUUAUGAGCCAAAUCUUAAUAUUUUUGCACACUGACGCCAAUCCUGCUUGCUACUGUUAGUUACUGCUGGUGGUGCACAGAGGCUGGGGGGGGGGGGGGGGCUCAACCACCUUAAUUAUGAUCUCUAAUCUGCACACGGUAAAGAUGACUUUCUGACACAUACUGAGACUUCCUGCUUACAUUUCAACAGGUUUUGUAGGCGUGUAAUGAAAGAAAGACGCUGGAUGGAAGUGUAUGGAGGCCAACACAUGCAAACACUCUGAACAGGUUGUGUUAUUAGCAUGUGUUUUGGGCCAUUUUAGCGCAUUUGCACCCUAAAACCACACUCACUGUUGCACUGUUUGCCCUAAACCUGGACUACUAUGACAGAAACAUAUGAUUCAAUUAAAAACACUCAUAUUAUUGGGUAUGCGCACAUUUGGGCAUAAAAUGAUCAUAACAGUGAUAUUAGAAAAGAUAAGUCAUCAUGAGACCUGAUUUAAAAUCGUAUUUCAGGAUUAAAAUGAUAAAAAAGGACCAGAAAGACAUGUUUACUUGAGAGAAUGUUGAUUACAUGAGCCUGAAUUAUUAAUUAUUCACCUCUUCACUCAGCUUGUAUAGAGACACUGACUCACGUUGAAUGUGUGUAAACCUUUUCAUUGUGUAGCAUUUUGUUGUUUAAUGUGAAUUUUGAUGUAGACAGUUUAAAACUUGUUGUUGUUUUACAGGGUACGACUUAGACACCACUUUGUUGGAGAAACAUUAAAAAUGUAUGUUUCUGUUUAA